CAGAGACUAUUUUCUGAGUGGCCAUAAGAUACGUGACAUACCAUAUUGGAUGCAUUAUAAAUUACAGAAGUGUUAUUUCACUCCGUGUCAAUAGUCCAUUAACAAAGGGAUAUAGAGUACCUUUUGCCUGUGUUAUUAUGGACACCAACACCAAUAUGAAAACUCAAAGAUGGAAAUUGCCAGAGUUUCGUAAACGUUUUAUGAAACAAUGCUUGGAAGGUGUAGUGAAUCAAAGUGAUGAACCUUCGACAUCUGGGCUUGUUCGACAACUGGAAAGAUUUGAGCUGAAACUGAAUGGUGCUGCGGACAAUGAGGCUGAGUACUGUCAUUGGUUAUCUAAAAAGACAAAGGAACUAUUUUCACAACCACCAAUGAAUGCUGAAUCCAAACCUUGUCUCUCAAACUCUAAUGCCUCAGGGGAAGUCUUCCCUGCUCAAGAAACUGGAAAAUCUGCAAAUACGGAUUGGAAGGAGCAGGUUUACCAAGAGAUUCAAAAGAUGAAUAGUGCCUAUUUUUCAAAAGUUUAUGUCUCUUAUCUAGAGAUGAAUAAGGCGCUUCAACAGCUUGCGUCUUUUCCUCAAGGAUCAAAUACAAAUCUUUUGGAAAAACUGAUAAAGAAAAUGAAACAAACAGAAUGUGUUUUGGCACUCUUCAAAUUGAAGAAAUGCCAAAUAACCACCGAUACCAAGAAGAUUCUAGAUGAAGCAGAAAAGUUUGUAGAAUCUAAUUUUUCCCCAAAGAAUGUUUCUUCCCAUCAUCAAGGUCCAUCACAUUCUGGUAUUUCUCCAUUGAAAAUAAUUGAAACGAAACCAUCACAACAAGCAUGGGAAACACAGAACUACUAUAUAAGGAAGGAUGUUUCUGGGGAAAACAAGCCCUGCUUAAAAGAGAAGCAAGUGAAAAUAAUGGAAACGAAACCAUCAACUCAAGUAUUGGGAACACAGAAUUUUCAUAUAUGGAAGGAUGUUUCUCAGCAAACCAAGCCGCAGCAAGCGAAAAUAAUAGAAACGAAAUCAUCAGCUCAAGUAUUGGGAGCACAGAAUUUUUAUAUAUGGAAGGAUGUUUCUCAGCAAACCAAGCCGCAGCAAGAAAAAAUAAUAGAAACCAAUCCACCAACUCAAGUAUUGGGAACACAGAAUUUUCAAAUAUGGAAGGAUGUUUCUCAGCAAAUCAAGCCGCAGCAAGAGAAAAUAAUAGAAACGAAAACAUCAACUCAAGUAUUGGGCACACAGAAUUCUCAGCAAGCGAAAAUAAUAGAAACGAAUCCAUUACCCCAACCAUUGGGAACACAGAAUUCCUGUAUAUGGAAGGAUGUCUCUCAUCAAAACAAGCCAUGCUUAAAGGAGCAGCAAUUAAAAAUAGUAGAAGCGAAACCAUCAACACAACAAUUGGGACCACAGAACUCUAGUAUAUUGAACCUUGUUUCUCAGCAAAACAAGCCAUGCUUAAAAGAGCAGCAAGUGGAAAAACAAUAUAGGAAUUUCCCACAGCAUGUAGAUCAAGUGUCUAACAUGAAAGGUCCUGACAAUGCCGUACAGAAGCAAGCCCAAGGUUCAGAGAAAGCAAGUGAAGCAUUGAGGGUCAGUGUAAACAGUCUGGAGACUUCAGCUUCACCCUUGACAGAAAACUGCAAUAAGCUUAAAGAAUUUUCUGAUAAAUCUACGCUGAAUUUUGAUGAGCCAAGUGAUGAAGUGAAGCGCAUUCUUAAAGUGUUAGCCGUCAUAUCACCUGAAGCAUUGAGCGCAUCAGUUAAUGAAAUGAGAGACGCAGUCUAUUUGAAUGAUGUGAUGGCAACUUCAGAGUUCUUAGAUGAACCACGAGAGAUGGUUCAACAACAAAACCAACCGGACCUCAUUGCACAAACUGGGAAAAGUGAGGCAUUUUCACAAGCUGGUAGGAAAAGGUCUCGAAGCCACAGUUUCAACCAGUUGUCUGAUGCUGAGGAACCUGACUGGACUUCAGUCGCAUAUAAAAAAAAGAAGCCAAGAAUUUUGGAAAAUUCUUCUCUUUUAGAAGAAUUAAAGGAGAUCAACCAUCGAUUGGUAGACAGUGUGAUUGUUGUUGGAGAAAAUGUCAGCUUUCUUAAAGCGCCGGGAGUAGCGGCUGAGGAUAGUGAAGGGUUGGUUAUCGAAUUCCUUUUCAAUGCAGUAUCGUUCAAUAUGAACGUAGAAUCUCAUACUUUUGCAGAUAAAAAGUCAAUAAUCAAACCAUUAAGGUUGUUCGUUCCUACAAAUUAUCCAACUUCUUUGCCUGUUAUUGUAGACAAAGAGCUGUCAGAAGUCAGUACUGAAUGCCAGAAAGACCUAUCAACAAUAGCAAAAUCAAAGCUGAUUCGCUUUCUGAGAUGCUUGGAUCGGACAUGGUCACUUGAGGAUAUAGCAAUGUCAUGGGAACGUUGUGCCAGAGAAACAGUUCUUGAGUGUGCAAAAACCUUUGGAGGAGAAACUUUUAGCUCAAUAUAUGGAGAGUGGGAAAAUUAUCAAACUGAAGUCAUGUCUUGAAUAGAUCAAUCAUAUACUUUUUUAUUUUGCAAGGCAUGUCUUUAACAGCUCCACAGUAGAAUAUAGCUUUAGAGUCAAG